GUUCGAUUCUUUUUCGUGUCAGCCCACCCCCAUCGUACUAUUUAACAUCUACUAACCUAGCAGCAUGGAGUAUAACUUCUCCCAAAUGCCGCCUUCAGGUGUACUGGAUCCAGCAUAUUUGGCCCCGGCCGAAAUAGAACUUAGUGGUCGAAAUUCUUUUGUCCCAGGGAAUAAAUCAAAGUUUCAUCCAAGACCCUCAAACGCGAUGGCUACCGCGUCAGCAGAACACAUGGGAUCGUCUUCCAUGUAUCCCAAUGUGACGGUUGUGAAGGAUGGCCGCAAUGUAAAUCCUGUGAAGAGCAAUUACGGAAACGGAAACUCGUCCAAGAUGAACUCAAAGAAGGAAGGUGAAUACAACAAAUACAGUCCAUUUGCCAAUCGGUGCUCUAAUUUGCUUCAUGACAUUGGAGGAAUUGUCGAGGACUCUCCUCCUACUCUUACCAAUACGUCGUAUUCUCCCAAUUCACUCUCUUUGUCAGACAUGGAGUCCACAAUGAACGGCUGGUUGCAACCUUUCGUGUUUGAAGAUGCCAUCCAGGGAAACGGUAAUCCAGUGAUGCUAGAAACAGCAAAUAUGAACCCCGAGUCUGCUGCUCCGAUUUCCAGCAACACAGCUAACACUAACAUGGUGCCUAUGGCUGCUCCGAAUUCGAUAAACGCAAACCCAAUGCACAAUGUAGUUGCUCCGGCGACACAAGCUACGUUUCACGAGAACAGAGGAGGAGAACGGGUUGUGAGUGCAGCGACAGCAGCAACCAUUGACCCCUCCAAUAUGCAUAGAAUGCAGGCUUGCAAGCCGCAAAAUGUUGUUCCUUACUCGGCAGACGAGAACACUACUGUCCUCAAAACAGAACCAGACGCAGAUGUGAGCGACGAAGGUCUGAAUGAUGUGGAUUUGGGACGGAAACGGAAGCAUGAUGAUUCGUCUUCAGACUCACCUAUCAACGAGUCUUCUGGUAACGUUCCUUAUAUGUCACUUCCUGAAGGGCUCGACCAGAUGAAGCGCUCAAAGUCUCCCGGAGAAUUGAGUACUGGCAGUACAGGCUCCAGCGGGGGUUUGGGCUUGAAUAAGCCCAAGAAAACAGCUCACAAUAUGAUUGAGAAGCGGUAUCGCACUAAUCUGAACGAUCGCAUUUGCGAACUUCGCGAUGCUGUUCCAUCUUUGCGUGCUGCUGCUGCUCUUCGCUGUGGCUCUGCUCCUGACAAAGAAGAUUUGGAAGGCCUGACUCCUGCUCGGAAAUUGAACAAGGGUACAAUCUUGGCCAAGGCUACGGAGUACAUCCGCCAUCUGGAAAACAAAAACCGCAGUCUCAUCAUGGAUAACAAGCGUCUGCAAGAACGGUUAGCAUAUUAUGAAGAUUCCAACAUGUCCGCUGCUGCUGCAGCAAACCAGGCUCCCGUGAACAACAUGGCCCCUCAAAACGCUAUUCCCGUCCAGGCUAAGCCUGCACAUCACAGAAUGAUGCAGUCACCAACGGUGAAUGCAAUGGGUCGUGCUGCUCUGGGCGGCAUGGUUGGUUUGGGCUUGUUCAACUACUUUGGCAAUGACUCGUCUCAGUCCAUGUAUGGUUUAGCUUCCUUCCCCUUGCUUCCUUCGUUCAUUACGAGUCCACCAAGUAUUCCUAUGGUGAUGAACAUGUUCAAGGUUGUAUUGGUUGCUUCAGCCGUUUCAUACUUCCUGUAUGAUGCUUGGAGACGUAUCUCUCGAAAGGGUGUGUCGUCGGGAAAGGUACAGAGCGCUGCUGUUCAUAGCACUGUUUCAGCUCCUUCAUUUUUGCUCUUCCGCCAAUUGUCAUUUGAAAAGUACUGCACCAUUACGCAUACUCCUUCAUCAUCUCUUUCCUUAUUUGUUUUGCUUUCUUGGCAGACUGUUAGAGCCGCUUUCUGCUUCCUUUUGCGUCAGCAAACAUUUUUGGAGAGUUAUGCCAGCACGGUUCCCAGCGAACAAGAGCUCGCUGACAUUCGUGGCUUGGAGAACUUGAUGGAUGCCCAACUUAUGGGUGGUGAUACCGAAAUUUCCCGCACACGAAUGCUCAUUGUCUAUCUUUCAUCUUUCUCUCUUCCCUCAUCUGUGUAUACUCUGAUGCUGCAAGCCAUGUACGUGCAUCUCAUAUUUGACGAUACGGUCGUUCCUUCUGCUAUUGUGAAUGCCAUUGCCGAACGGUGUUGGCAAAGAGCAAAGGCAAUGAACGAGACCAGUGGCUCUAAAAAUGAUUCUGGCGAGCGUUUACCCACCCAUAUAGUCAAUCUCAUGCAGGGCAAUACCGCGAAAGAAGUGUUUACGCCGUCCAUGGUUAAACGUCUUUGGAAGUUGGCUGGCAGCAGUUGCUACUUUGAUAGUCACAGACAGCUUCCUAAAAUUUGUGAUAGCUUUGUCUUAACUCCGUUGGAUGCAGUUGCCUCGUGGUAUGCGGAAGACCUGUUGCACAAGCUUUUGGUUACCGGCCUCCAAAAAGAAGUUAGAAAGAGUGAAGUGGAUCGUGUUCUUUCCAUGGUUCCUCAGGGUUCGCUCGUACAUCGUGAAACACUUUUGGCAAUGUUGCUGUGGUUCCCAGACAGAACUCGUGAGAAUCUGUCCUCGAUUUUACAGACGUAUGAGUCGACUUUGUCGUCGUACAGCCGUGAAGGUGCCACAUGGUUGACGGGAUCCAAUUUGUUCAUUACAUAUCCUCGACUUUGCGCUAUCCACUGCGCUUUGUCGUUUGCUUUGCUCCGCUUGGGGGAAACCGACGAUGCCCGUCGCAUGUUGCGUAGUGUUUGUGUGCCUAGCGCUGAUGAUUAUGACAUUGAUUUGCUCAGUUUCUGUGUUUACUGGAAUACCAUCAAUGCCUUUGCUCAUGUUGCUUCUACGCCAAAGGAAAAUAAUGUUUUAGAAAAGCUGGCCUUGACCGUUCGUGCCUCUGCCGGAAGCAUGAAGGAUUGCGAUAUUCAAUUCCGUCGUCAAAUUGUCUCGUACUGUAUAUCCACUGGCAAAAGGCUACAGGAAGACCUAGGUUACGAGUCAGUUUAAUAAGUUUUUGUCGAUUUGGUUUGAAUAGCCUCAGACAUAGUUUAUUACAACGUUUCUGGGGAUUCUCGAGUUUUUCGAGGUCAUGUUUUAUUAUGGUUCUUUUUUCAUGUUCGCAUAUGGUUUCUGUCCAGUUCUUUCUUUCUUUUUUUUCAAUAGCCCUUAGUGUGGUUUUGUUUUCUGUCAUGUACACUUUUAUUCUUUAAUUAAUUAUCACUGCACUUGGUCUUCACUCAUCUCCUCUUUUACCAAAUCAACGUAUUGCAUUCCUCAUCUGAGGCGAGCUAUUGCUUC